GUAUCCUUAAAUGUCAAUACGUUUAGCAACGUUCUCUCAAAAGAUAACCGUUUAAAUGUGUUGCCUGUUAACAUUGCUACCAAUACACCAUAUAUUAGACAUGGAAGAACAUUGCUUUGGUCACCUAAAGAUCAAGUUCAACAAGAAGAGGACAAAAAUUUCCGUAAAAAUAUAUCAGUACUCCAACCUAUGUGUCCGAUGUAUAUAAAUAAAAGCGAAUCGAUUCGUUUGGAUUACGAAUUAAGACGAUGGAUCGGUGGAGAGUCCGAUCAAGAUAAUUGGUUUACAUCGAAAACCUCAAAAUUUGACGAGAAAUUUUUGGGAGGAUUGCUAUCACCAUAUAUAGUACAGAAAAAGACUAAAUAUAAGCACAAUUUACCGCGAAAAAGCAAAUCUGAGAUACUUCGAAAAACUGCAAGUUCUACCAUUACAAAUGCAGUGGAGGUUUUUUCUCCGACAUUAAAAGAACAUGCAUCUUUAUUUGAAGCAUUGGGCAGAAGAGACGAUACAUUUUACGUGGUUUGGUUCAGCGGAGAGCAUUUGCUUUUACCAGCUUCGAGAAAAAAUAGUACGGGCAGACCGAAAAUGUCGUUGGUUCUUCCUGCACUACCUACAAAUGAAACAUUUUCAACGCCCGCAAAUCAUAUAACUAUGAUGCAAAUCGAUUGCGAAGUUACCAAUACACAGUUAUUGCAUUUGCAACAAUCAGUAAUACCAAAUCAUUUGAAAAACAGUGAUAGAUCCGGAAAUGAAACACGUCAAACUCACGCGACUAAUGAUGUAUCCGAUGCUAUUGCAGAAGAUAUCGCUAAGAGCUAUAAACCUUAUUUUAUAAAAGAAUCUAGUCAGAAGAUUUUUCAAAAAAGGAAUUUGAAAAAUACUUACGAAUUUAAUCUGGAAGAAGUAAAAACAGAAAUGUUAAAGAAUUCGCAGAAAGCGAGAACACAAACAAAAUUCAUGGAAACACAAAGGAACAAAAAUGAAACUAUCUAUGGCACUUAAAUCUUUGGUCGUGUGAUAGUUUCUAUGCGAAAUUGUACAUGAGUAGAGUUCAAAAAAUGGCCGAUAUGAAAUAAUACUUAUAAAUAAAUCAUAAAUUCGGUAGACAGA